GGUGGAGGGGGGCUGUGACGGUGGCUGUUCGGCGUUGGCCGUCACACACACACACCCGUCGACGACACACCGUCACCAUGGCCUCGGCACCUACCAUGCUUGCGUUCGACCUCAAGCGGACGGACAAGGUUGAAAUGGGAAAGCCAUUGCGGGAGUAUAUUGCCGCACACCAUGACACAGUCUCUCCCGAUGAGUUUGUGGAGGGUUACACCAUUCUACAGGCGCUGCGCGAGUCGGUGCGGACGGCAGACGCGUCGGAAGCGAGUGCGGAGAAGAUUAUCAAGUACUGGGCGCACACGUGCUUGAUGGGCCCGCGGUUUCCAUUUGGGACGGGAGACCUCGACGUGACGUUUGUGUGGUACGACCCGUUUAGGUCGUCGCGGUUCUCGUCAAACGCGCUGGCGCUGGAGCAGGCGUCGGUGCUGUUCAACUUCGCGGCGGUGCAUGGGCAGAUGGGGGCGGCGUGCAACCGGACGGAGCUUGAGGAGAUCAAGAAGGCCUUUGCGCACUUUCAGACCGCGGCUGGCGUCUUUGCUUACCUCCGCGAGCACCUCGUGUCGCAGCUGGACACGCCGGUCUCGCCCGAGUUUACGCCCGAGGCGCUCAAGCUCGGUGAGAACCUCUUCCUCGCGCAGGCGCAGGAGGCGGUGUACGAAAAGGCGGUGAAGGACGGCAAGUCUGACGCGAUUCUGUCGAUGGUGGCGCAAGGUGCGGCCGAGUUCUACGAGCUGGCGCACUCUGCGGUUUCGUCGUCGGUUCUCGAUGGCCAGUUUCAUGUCUCGUGGAAGAACCACCUGCAGAUGCGGAUGCUGGUCUUCCGCGGCGCGGCGUGCUACCACCAGGGCGCGGCGCAGGGCGGCAAAUGCGAGUACGGCGUCGAGAUUGCGUUUUUGUACAAGGCCAAGUCGUACGUUGCGACCAAGACGAUGUCCAAGCUGGUGCGCGGAGUGCCGGCCGACAUUGCGGACCUCGUGAGGCGGCUGCAGGCGCGGAUCGAGGCGCGGCUGGCCGAAGCCGAGUCGGACAACGACAAGAUCUACUGUGAGGCCAUUCCGGAGGCGAACCGGUUGCCUGCGGUGAAAGGCAAGGCGCUGGUGAAGGCACUGCCGCUGCCCGAGGUUGGCGACGUCGACGUGCCGGACCUCUUUGCGCGGCUUGUCCCGAUCCACAUCUACACGCAAGUCUCGAUGUACUCGGACCGCGUCGAGUCGCUGGUGCGGUCGCUGGCGACGCAGAUGGACGAGGCGUCGGAUGUGGCCAACUCGACGCUGGCGUCGCUCAAUCUGCCUGCGGCCAUCGAGGCGCUGGAUGCGCCGGCAGGCGUUCCGCCGGCGCUGGCGUCCAAGGCAUCGACGCUCAAGGCCGAGGGCGGGGUGGCGGCUAUUGCGCAGUUGCUGGAGACGCGGCGGAUGCUGGCGUCGAUGAACGCGGACAUCCGCAAAGCAUCUUUGCGGUUCUCGACAAGGAGGAGGCAGACGACUCGGCCAUGCGGGCGCACUACGGCGCGCGGUGGAACCGAACGCCGUCACGGACGCUCACGGCCAAGCUCCGCGAGGAAGUCGGUAAGUUCUCGGCGACGCUCGACUCGGCGCGUGAGGCCGACGCCACGGUCGACGCCAAGUAUGAUCGCUCCAAGGAGUUUAUGUCGACGCUCGAGCUGCCUUCGUCGCAGCUCGGUGCGCUCAUUCCGGCGUCUUCGGACCCGGAGCUGGCGGCCUCCGAGGUGGUGCGCUCGCUCAUGGGCGCACUCAUCGAGAUCGACACGCUGCUUAAGGAGCGCGGCGCGACCAAGGACAAGCUGCGGGCAAUGGCGGCGGGUGACGACGUGACCCAAACGCUCGUCGCCGAGUCGGCAGUCUCGACAGCCGAGGAGAUCUUUGAGCGCGAGCUGGCCAAGUACGUGCCGUUUGAGUCGCAGGUGGCCGAGUCGCUGGCAGCACAGCCGCAGCUCAUGGCCAGUAUUGAGGCGCUCAACGCCCAGUUUGUGGCCUCGCGCGAGUCCUCGCCCGAGCAGCAGGAGCGCGAGUCGCUGCUUUCCAACCUUGACACUGCCUUUCGCGACUUUGUGGAGAUUAAGGCCCACGCCACAGAGGGAGUCGCUUUCCACACGCGCAUCCAGGAGCACCUGCUCACGCUGCAGACUCGCGCCAACGACUUUGCCUUUGCCCGCGAGGCCGAAAAGGCCGACAUCUUGCGCCACUUUCAGUCGCAGGCCGCAGGCGUCCAGGUCGCCAACCCGGCAGCGUACCAGCAGCCUGCCUACGCCCCGCCCGGCGGCUUCCACCAGCCGCCGCCCGCCGGCCACCACCCGGGCGGCCCUCCUGCCGGCCC